AAUUUGUAGGAUUUAUUGAAACUGUAGCCUUUAACUGGCAUUGCGCUUAUGGCAGCUAUCCGGAAGAAACUGGUUAUUGUUGGUGAUGGUGCUUGUGGCAAAACAUGUUUGCUGAUUGUAUUUAGUAAAGAUCAAUUUCCUGAUGUGUAUGUGCCAACAGUUUUUGAAAAUUAUGUUGCAGAUAUAGAAGUUGAUGGAAAGCAGGUAGAAUUGGCCUUGUGGGAUACGGCGGGACAAGAGGAUUACGAUCGAUUACGCCCACUCAGUUAUCCGGAUACUGAUGUUAUUUUAAUGUGCUUUAGUAUCGAUUCACCUGAUUCACUUGAAAAUAUUCCCGAGAAGUGGACUCCUGAGGUGCGGCAUUUCUGUCCAAAUGUUCCAAUAAUUUUGGUCGGUAACAAGAAAGACCUUCGAAAUGAUCAGCAGACUAUUCGUGAAUUGGCAAAGAUGAAACAGGAACCGGUAAGACCGGAGCAGGGACGUGCUAUAGCCGAACAAAUAGGAGCCUUUGCCUAUUUGGAAUGCUCUGCCAAAGCGAAGGAUGGUAUCCGCGAAGUGUUUGAAAAGGCCACGCAAGCAGCAUUACAGCAAAAAAAGAAGAAAAAGAGCAAGUGUGACAUUCUGUGAUUCCAUAGCAAGUCUCAAACUUCAAAAUUUCAGUUUUCCUUUUUCAGAUAUAACAUUUUACCUGAUGCUUCUUUAAUCGAACGUCGAAUAUAAUCAUUACGAUUAUUGUUCCCAAAUUUUUUGUUUAAUCUUAAGCUAUGCAUUUUACACAUCUAGUUAUUCAUUUAUGAGUUUACAGAAAUCGGGACUAGUAUGAGGAAAGCUGAGGAUCUUCCUUAAAUUUAGCGAGUAAUAGGAAGUUAAGGAAUAAUUUCUCAGCUAUUGAUGCUUAAUUGGUAUCCUUAAGUAAUUCUAUUUUAGAAUCUUUCGUGUUUGAUUAUUACUAAAAAAGGAUGAGGAGAGAGCUGAACCGAAGUAUUAGUUUUUUGAUUUUCUUUUUUAUUAUAAAGCGGGCACAGGGCUUUUGGCACAGGUGAUAGUUAAGACGGUGUGAAGAUCAUGGUUGCUUGGGGAACGAUGAAUUUGAAAAAUCACGAGCUGUAAUUUUGUUUUUCGAUGCAUUUAAUAGUGUCGAUUACAGUAUUGGAUACAUCAGGACGGAUAUAUAUACUUAAAACUUUUGGUCGGCAUAGUCGUGAAAGUCAGUGUGUACGUUUUUGGAUCAGUGAAUUUCAAUCAUGUUUCAGCAGAGAUAAAGCGUCGGUAUAGGAACUAUUCAGUGCUUUUCUUAAGAUGGUUUCAGUACAGUGAAUAGUAGAAGCAAGCCACUUCCUUCUCUCACUAUUGAAAUUAGUGCUAUUAAUUAUAGUAGCAUGCUUUAAGAGGUAGGUUGUUAUGCAUAAUAUCAAUUUUACGAUUGGGUGUCUUCUCGUAUAAGUUAUAAAUUUCAUUUAUAACGUCGUAAGCAUUUACUGUAGGUUACUGUAUUUUGAUAUCAACAUAUGGUUAAAUUUGAAAGGGAUACACAUUAGUUUCGCUAUUAUCUCAUCUCUGUUCUCUUUCCCUUACACUUUUAUCACGCAUGAAAUACUGUUAUAAUUUACUAUUAAUAAACAUUUCAUUUCGUG